UAUUAUUUUUCAAUUGGUGGAUUGGCUGUUGGGUUUGGAGUAGCACAGAGAAGCUCUGCGAGUGUUGUUUCUGCACUGGGUACACACAGAGCUGUCAGUGAAAGCACAGAGACAGACAGAGAGAGAAGGGGUCAUCAGUAAAUCAAACAUUAAAGACUACAAUCUAGUGAUGUUCCAGCAUGGCUUUCACCACAUUAUUAAGUCAGGCUUUAUGAGUACUUACAAAACUACCCAAAUACUUAUGGGCUAUAUGUUACCAUGGACUUAUAAAAGGCCUCAAAAUAAAAUAGUAGGACAGAAAUUAAAUUACUGCAACAGUAAAAGAGAAAUGCCCCAAACUCCAUAACUGUAAGAUGAUGAUGUGAUUCCUCUGUCUGUGAGUAUGAAGGGGAAUAUUACUGUCUUCUUUUGGGUUUUGUCCUCCUGCCUCCAUCGUCACUGGCGUGCCAGUGGCGUCAUUCCUGCCCUGCUUUAUAAAACUGUCAACGCCUUUCUCUCACCUGGACACACACACACACACACACCACCUCAAACUCCAGGGCAGGACAGGGGCUAUUUUUGGCCAGAGCAGGGGGGAUCAGUCACUGGUAAAUUACGCACCUAACCUGCGUCUUUCCCCAGCGGAUCAUUUCCACAAAAAGAAGAUCUUCAUAUUGUUUCUUUUAUGAAUCUGGCAAAUUAUUCUUACUUCUCUGGCAUGUGUAACAUGACCGCUGAGACGCAGCACUCGCCUGCCGAUGCGAGUCCUGUCGUCAUGUCUCCAAACGUGAGCCUGGACUCGCCGUUGCCUCCGCCGCCUCUGAUGCUGCAGGCCCGGUCAAAGGACAAUGUUCUGAUCAAGUCCGAGCCCCGGGGGAACAGUCCAAACACGGAGGAUGGAGUCGCUCUGGGGCAGACUGAGGAGCACCUGCCCACCGGGAGUCGCCGGAGGAAGAGGCCCGUCCAGAGGGGGAAACCUCCCUACAGCUACAUCGCUCUCAUCGCCAUGGCCAUUGCCAACUCUCCCGAGAGAAAGCUUACCCUGGGGGGCAUUUAUAAGUUCAUCAUGGAGCGGUUUCCUUUCUACAGGGAGAACUCCAAAAAGUGGCAAAACUCCAUCCGCCACAACCUCACCCUCAACGACUGUUUUGUGAAGAUCCCCCGGGAGCCCGGCAGACCAGGCAAAGGCAACUACUGGACUUUGGACCCCGCCGCUGAAGACAUGUUUGACAAUGGGAGCUUUUUGAGGAGGAGGAAACGAUUCAAGCGCACAGAUGUGAGCACCUACCCCGGCUACAUGCAAAGCUCCAGCGCGUUCACACCAACCCCAAUGGGAAGGCCCUCAUACCCAAACACCCUGUACGCUGGGAUAGGGUCUGGUUAUGGUUCUCAGCUGACUGCCACAUCCCCUCAUCCGGCCAUGCUCCAUCACUACCAGACCUCAGCCGGGGUCAGCCAAGGACAGCCGCGCAUGUUCAGCAUCGACAACAUCAUCAGCCAGCAGUCGGUGGUGCAGGGAGGCCCGGGCGGAGAUCUCAACGCCCAAGCGCUGGGUCUGGGUGGAGGUGACCUGGGCACCAUGACCUCCAGCUGCUCGGUCACCGGCACCGACCCGUCUGCGUGCUUCCAGACCCAGACUGUAAACCCUUCAGCGAACAUGCUGAGCAGAAACAGCGGGAACCUCUCAUCCAACCUGGCAGCCGGGUACCCGUACUCCUCUUCGGCCUCUCCUCCACACCUGCCCGCCAUGACCCAGUCCAGUUUCUCUCCGGGGAGCUCUCAAGUGUACUGCUCCGGCAACCGGUUGUCCCUGCCGGCCCUGCGCCCGGGCUCCUGCGCCGAGCACACGGAGCAGCUGCUGGGCCUCUCCAACCCCAUGAACACCUACAACAACAGCUACAUGAGACAAGCCAACUUUGCGUCGGGAUUAGAACGGUAUAUGUGAUACAUUAUUUGCCAUAGGGUUACUAAAUAGUCUUAUGUUAAUGGGAUUUGCCCUGAACUAGUCAAAUAAGAUGAAACACAUGUUUUGCUGUAAUAAGGCCGAUAUAUUCCAAGAUGCCACCACAGACUCCUGUGAGAAACUCGGUGAUUUAUUCUUUGCAAAUAUGAGAAAACAUAUGACCCAAGUGACCGAGCCUCAUGAUAAAAACAUUCCUAUUUUCUUUUCUUUU